AGCGUCGUCGUUGCUUCCUCGCCAAUAGCCAUUAUCGCGUCCUCUGACCCUCUCGCCGUCUCUUUGGAACGGACGAUUCAAUCACCGAUUGGCCGAGAUCUGAUCCUCAACCUCUUACACGGAAGGAAGAACUGCACUCGACUACAAUGGGAUCGCCUUCUGAGAUCAUCGACAUCGCUACUAGUGCUCGGAGAAUAGGCGUGGACAAUCGCAUCUCCCUCAAAUUCUACUUCAGAAUCGCAGAUAACAUCCUCAAACAGGCCAACAUAUUUCGAGCUGAGAAGAAUAUAAUUGACUUAUAUGUCAUGCUUCUGCGUUACUCGAGCUUGGCUCUGGAGACUAUACCUUCCCAUCGUGAUUACAGAACAUCUCUUAAAAGCAACAAAGAGUAUUUGAGAAUGAGACUAUUGGAUGUCUUGGCUGAGCUGGAGAAGUUGAAACCAGUUGUACGGCAACGGAUCCAAGAACUCUAUCCCAAGCCUUUACCUCGGUAUAGUGUGCAAACUCUUCCACCAAAUGGUUCUCAACGCUGGUCUUCCGCUGUAAAACCAUCGUUAAGUAGCUAUGAUCAUGCAAAGGUAAUAAAUCCUUCUGUUCACAGUGUUGGCUACAUGGGUUCCAGGGGUCAGCAAUUCUUGAACGUUCCACCAAUUGAACAGCGUUUCCGAAAUAUGUCAGUGAACUUAAUCCAACCUACAGAAGAAACCCUUUCCAAGCAUUCUAUCUUGGGUCCAACUGGACUCCGUGCACAGUGGCAGCCUCCGAAGAAUGACGUAAAGGUUCAGUAUCCAAGCAAUAUAGAUUUUUCGCCUGUUGAAAUCCCAAGCUUCCGACAACAAUCCGUGGAUAGCAAGCCUAUGAUAACAAACGGCAGUAGCAACGAACCCGAGAAGCCAAUUGUGGAAUCAAGCUCUACUCCAAGUGAAAAAAUCCAGAAAAAUUACACGGAAGAACUUUCUUCAAUGAUUUCUUUCGAAGAAGAAAAGGAAUGCGUUAAUGAUAAUAAUAACAUCAUUAGGCAGCCUUCACCACCUCCAGUACUUGCAGAAGUUCAAGACUUGGCUCAUGGGUUAUGUCAUGAAGCUAAUGAAGUGGAAUGUAAGAUAGAUAACUCCUUGCCAGAUGAGUCUCUACGGGCGGAAUCUCCUCUUCAACUCCAUAUUGCAACGACAAUGAUGGAUGCCUUUAUGAGGCUUGCCAACUCGAACACCAAGAAGGAUUUAGAGACGUGUGGUAUUCUUGCUGGUUCACUAAAAAACCGAAAGUUCUAUAUCACAGCUCUCAUCAUACCAAAACAAGAAUCAACAUCUAACUCGUGUCAGGCCACAAACGAAGAGGAGAUAUUUGAAGUACAGGACAAGCAAUCCCUUUUCCCACUUGGAUGGAUCCAUACGCAUCCGACACAGUCUUGUUUCAUGUCAUCCAUUGAUGUCCACACACACUAUUCAUACCAGAUUAUGUUACCAGAAGCUGUGGCAAUCGUUAUGGCGCCUCAAGACUCUUCAAGGAAACAUGGAAUGUUCAGGCUGACAACACCGGGAGGAAUGACGGUGAUUAGGAAUUGUGACCAGCGAGGGUUUCACGCACACAGUUCGCCGGCAGACGGAGGACCAAUUUACAAUACUUCUACGGAAGUUUACAUGAACCCUGAUCUCAGGUUCGAUGUCAUUGAUCUCAGAUAGCAUAUCAUUUGCACGUUUGAAAAUGAAAAAACUAUGUUCAGUAAAAAAACCCAUCUUUCUUUACGAUUGUAACUAUAUUUGGUUGUAUAUCCGAUUUUAAUAUUUGCUACGUAAUUUCGUGUACAAUUGACAUGUAAAAUUGAAAUAACUUUUUGUUGUAAGUUAUUAUCACUUGAUUGUUAAUCAAAAAUGGGAAAAAAAUUUAUGAA